AUGGAUGCAGAGCCUGUUGCCAUUGUUAUUGAUGAUAUCCCAUCCUCUCGAGGUCAGUCCUCUGUGCAGCACGAUCAGGGUUUGCCUGGCGGAAAGAAAAGAGAGGGGGAGCCAAACCCUGGGCAGCAGGAUGCGAAGAAGCCAAGACUAGACAACGGUGCAUCUCCAGCAUUUGUCCAUAAAACUGUGGCAACCGUUGCAGUUGACAGUUCGAUCAGCCAGUCUGCCAUUCACUUUCGUAACGUUCCGGCCCGCACUAACGUCACGAGAGCAGUGGGGAGUAACACCACGUGGGCAGCACAGCCACAGCAGCUGCUGGGGAAGGAGGAACUCAGAAAGAUGGUGGAGGAAAAGGUAGCUCAUUGCACAGCCAAAGCAAACAGCCAGAUGAAGCAAUUACAGGACAGAGUUGCCAAGUUGACCAAAGUGUUCAAGGGCUGGGAGGAGUAUGCCUGGAAAUUCCAGCAGCAGCAGCAGCCCACUGCUCAAGUUUUGAGUUCCCAAAGAUCAGGUGGAUCAACAUCAGCACCGAAUCCUGCGGUGACAGCUGCAGCCUCUAGACAGCAAGUGGUGCCAAAGCCUCCCGUGCCAACCUACAACCAGCCUCCGUUCGUCCAGCGCGUCUCCAUGGCAACCGAAGCCGUCGGCCCACAGACGAGCAUGCAGCCCACUAACCCCAACGUCACGAUCGUCCAGCCUCCCACGCAGGCCCGGAGAAACACGGUGAAGGAUCUAAUCGGGGCACAGAGGGCAGGUCCACCACAACCACAGGUCGCCACGGCGCCGAAACCGCCCCCUCCCCAGCCUGUCGCCCAGCAACAGGUCGGGUCAGCUCCUCCUACAAGGCAGAAACCUCCGGAGAAAGCCCGGGUACCGUCUCAAGACACGGCCAAUGUGAACGCAGUGAUCGACCUCACCGAAGAUGCCGAGGAAACAACCAACUCUCAGGCAUCAGGACGGAAACCGUCCGGUGCAGGCCCCCCUCCCCUCCUGAAGGCGGUGUCGGAGCCCUCGCCUCCUCCUAACACCGUGGCGCCCGCUGCCCAGGCCCGACCCACGUCUCAAGUCUGCCCCUUCAACAACCCGCAGCAGGCGGCGCCGGUCAGCGUCAACACCAGCAGGAAAGUGUCCGAGGUCUUGCAGGCCAUCAUGAACACCGCGCGCAACAUCCAGGCGCCGCCGAACUUCCGCACGGUCACCACGUCCGUGCAGCAGGUGGGGCAGAGCCUGCACACCCUGCCCUCGACCGCCCCCACCUACCGGAGACCCCCACUCCAGAGCUCCGUGGGUUACGUGGGAGGCCAGCCGGUGGUGCCCCACGUGCAGCAGAGAACCGGCACGUUCAGACCGCCAGACGUCACGACGUCUACCUACGUAGUGCAGCCCCAGCGCCACCCCGUGCACAGCGUGGGCGUGCCGCCGGCCAGACACCCGAUGCCGCAGACGAUGACGCCGUACCGCCAGCCUUUUCAGCAGCCCCAGCGCCACCCCGUGCACAGCGUGGGCGUGCCGCCGGCCAGACACCCGAUGCCGUACCGCCAGCCUUUUCAGCAGGUCCGGCCGCCGGCCAGCAUGAUGCAGGCUCCCCGGCCCACGGGGCCCCCCAUCCUGUCCAGGCCAGCCCCGCCACCUCUGCUGCACUCCAACAACCCUCCUCAGCAGCUACGCCCCCAGAUCGCCGGCCUCCCCCUCCCCCACAGAACCACCCUGCAAAUCGCCCGGGUGGGGAACAUCAUCGCGCUGACGUGGGACGUCAGUGAGCCGCCCAACCCGCGCUCCCCCACCCUCUACUGCUACCAGCUGUUCGCGUACCAGGAGGGCACCGGGCAGCCCAACACGGCGCUGUGGAAGAAGAUCGGGGACGUGAAGGCCUUGCCUCUCCCCAUGGCCUGUACGCUGACUAAUUUCCUACCCCGGGGCACCUACCACUUCGCUGUGAGGGCCAUGGACGUCUACAGCACGGUGGGACCUUUCAGUGCGCCCUGCAGUAUCGACCUGUCAUCUGCGUAG